AUUUUUCCGCGAAGAAGAUUCGGACGCGUACUUCGUUCCUGAAUUAGUGCAAUGUGGUCUACGUUGGUUAUGUUAUCAUUGUUGCUGGUGACAGCACUUUCCGCACCCCAACGCCGUUUUGGUGGCGAUGACGACCGGUCAGCCGUUACCCUAGUGGAUGACUAUAGCCUCAAUCCGGACGGUUCGUACAACUACAAGUACGAAACCAGCAACGAUAUCAGCGCAGCGCAGUCCGGAGGUGCUGGUGGUCAAUACGCGAACGGAUAUUUUUCUUACCUAUCUCCUGACGGUAGCAGGGUGCAGGUGACAUAUCUUGCCGAUGAGAACGGUUUUCAGCCACAGGGAGACCACCUGCCGGUAGAACCUCCGGCACCGGAUCAUGUUAUUCAAUCGCUGGAGCAAAUCCGAGCGGCUGCAUAUCCUGGCUCCGGGUUGGAUAUUGCCACGCUGGAUGCGACGAUCGCUCGUUUGAGAGCUACCCGGGGCUAACAAAAUAGGAUAAUUUCUUAAGGUCUAGACACUAAAUAAUUA